UAAAAAACUUUUGUACAAGGGAAAGAAGACACAUUCCUGCAAGCAAAAUAAAAGGAAGAAGCAAUCCUGUGUGCGCCUGUAGAAGCCUCUACUUUAAUGCUUGUGGGCUCAAGUAGAAUAAAUAGGCAAUGGGAGGAGAGCAGACUUAGGCAUAGCUUAUGAGCAUGGAGGGAAAGAAUAGUGCACAUCCUCUACUAAAGGGUGGGAGACCAGCAUAUCCCCAUGGCUUUUCCUCUGGAGAAAUAGAGUCUCUUGCAGCGUUAUGUGAUACCUUCAUACCUGCUCUCCAUUGUUAUGGUGAUUCUAAGGCAGAGGAUGCCCAUGAUUUUAGAAGGAUUUCAGGAUCUCAGUUUGGAGUUCCAGACUAUAUAGCGGGGAUGGUAACGAUGCAUUUCCCAAGAGCAGCAGUUUUGAUGGUGAGAUUGGUGCUGCUGUGCUUGUACACUCGCCUCGGAACGCUGCUCUUGUGCGGAAGGGCGAGUCUUUCGAAAGCAUCGCCUUUCCUCCACCUGCAAAACUUCGCUGCAAUUCCACCGGAUGUGAGAGAGAAAAUAGUGCUUCAGUGGUCGCGAGUCACAGGAUCCAUUUUCGACCCAGUUUUCCAUGUCAUUUUCAAAACUUUUAAGGCGCUCUGUCUCUAUUUGUUUUACUCCAAGGCAGAUGAAAGCGGUUCGAAUCCAUGCUGGAAAGCAAUCGACUAUUCUCCGCCGUAUAUACCGCAGGUGGAGAAGAGGGCGUUGGAACAGGGGAUAAUUGAUGCAUCUUCAGAAACCCCAGAACGGCUUGAAAGCUUCCUAAUGGAGGCAGGGUUUCCAUUUGAAUCAAGCAAAGAAAGCGAGGACGGAUCAAGGAUAUGGAAGGUGAAAUGCGACUGUGUAGUGGUGGGAUCAGGUGCGGGAGGAGGCGUUGCAGCAGGGAAAUUGGCGGCGGCAGGGCACAGAGUAUUGGUGGUGGAAAAGGGAAAAUACUUUGCUGCAGGGGAUCUGUCAUUACUGGAAGGACCGUCUAUGGAUCAAAUGUAUGCUCGAGGAGGGCUACUCUCAACCCCGGACGUCAAGGUCAGCAUUCUGGCAGGAGCCACAGUAGGAGGCGGCUCCUCUAUUAAUUGGUCUGCGUGCAUUCGGACGCCUGAUCAUGUACUCAAAGAAUGGGCAGAAGUAGAGGGUUUAACUCUUUUCCAGAGCCAAGAAUACGAGAGUGCAAUGACUGAGGUAUGGGAAAGGGCGGGAGUGAACAGCGAAAACGGAACAGAGAGCUUUCAGAACAGAGUGCUCAGAAAGGGAUGCGGAGCUCUAGGGUUUGAAGUAACCGAUGUUUCAGUGAAUGCCACGCCGGGGCAUAAUUGUGGAUCGGCCUGUUCCUUUGGCUGCAGGACGGGGCAGAAAAAGGGGACUCCUGAUACAUGGCUGCUCGAUGCUGUGGCAGCUGGUGCGCGAAUUCUUACAGGCUGUGAAGCCACCAGGGUUACCUGGAGUAGAAACCCUAAUUGUACACAAUUCAAGGAAAAGAGAGCAACAGGCGUUCUCUGUAGGGCAGGUCGCAACCAGAUUUUGGUGGAGGCCAAAGCCACAAUAGUUGCAGGCGGAACGCUCAUGACUCCUGGCCUUCUUCUCGCCAGUGGCCUGAGAAACCCUAAUAUCGGCAAAAACCUUCAUCUUCAUCCCGUGAGAAUGGCGUGGGGUUAUUUUCCACCACAAGAUGAUCCAGCGGGUCGAUGCUCUGAGGGUAACAUAAUCACGGCCAUGUGUAAACACAUCCCCAAAUCUUACGGCACGAUCAUUCAAAACCCCGCAUUGGGUCCCGGCUGCUUCGCCUCCAUCACGCCUUGGAUUUCCGGGGCAGACAUGAAAGAGAGAAUGAAGAAAUACCAGCGGACUGCACAUUUGUUCGCUCUAACCCGAGACAGGGGAAGCGGAAGUGUAGGGCAGUCAUUGGAGGUGGAUUACAGGAUCAGAGAUCCGUCUGACAAGAGAAAUAUGGACGAGGGUUUGGAAAUUGCUCUCCGAAUUCUCAUCGCUGCAGGCGCAACCGAGGUCGGAACUCACCACAGCGAUGGCCGUGUGCUGAAAGUGGACAGAAGUAAAGACAUGGAGAUGGAAAUUCAGAGGUAUUUGAAGGAAAAUGGCGGAUGGUGCCCUGUGAUUUCUGCGCACCAGAUGGGCAGCUGCCGGAUGGGAGUGAAUCCCUCCACCUCAUGUGUGGAUGAAAAGGGGGAAAGCUGGGAGAUCGAAGGCCUGUUUCUGAGCGAUGCUAGUGUUUUCCCUACUGCUUUGGGUGUCAAUCCCAUGAUCACCAUUCAGUCAAUUGCUCUCUGCAUUUCGAACCGCGUUUCAAAUUUUCUCCAACAAAUCAGAUCUUCUCAUCUUUUAGAGUUUGAAUUCGCUCCCCACCAGAGUGUUCCAUUAAAAAACAACUAGAAUUCAUUGAAGCAAAUAUCCUCACCCAAGUGUUCAAUUAGAUUAUAACUAGAAUUCAUUGGAGAAAUAAUCCCCACCAGAGUGUUCCAUUAGAAAAGAACUAGAAUUCACUGAGAAAUAAUCCCCACCAGCAGUGUUCAAUUAGAUUGUAACUAGAAUUCAUUGGAGAAAUAAUAAUACCCACCACCAGAGUGUUCCAUUAGAAAAUAACUAGAAUUCACUGAGAAAUAAUCCCCAGCAGAGUGGUCCAUUAAAAAAUAACUAGAAUUCAUUCGAAAAUAAAAAAUCCCCACCAGAUUCUUCCAUUAAAACAUGACUAGAAUUAAUUGAAAAAAAAAGCCCAUGCACAGUGUUCUAUUAAAAUAAGAUUUCAUAGCAGAAAGAAUCAUGAAGAAAUGAUAACCAAGAAAGGCAAAGAAUGUGUAUAUACGCAUCUGAGGUUGUCUCACAUUGUAGUAUAUGUGGAUAUAUACACUGCUGUACGAUAGGGAUAUUGUUUUUCUCUGAAUUCAGUUUUAAUUUUUAAAAUUUAUUAUUAAUAUUUUAAUAAUAAGGGGGUGAGAUUUGAAUCUGUAUUAGGCAACCUCUAUAUGGUUUGGC